GAAACCAUCCGCGCGAUCGCCAAAUCUUCCCAUCACUCAGCAGCCGCCAUCAUGCCGGUCGUUAAAGGAGGUGUCUGGACAAACAUUGAGGACGAGAUCCUCAAGGCGUCCGUCUCCAAAUAUGGCCUCAACCAGUGGGCGCGUGUCUCGUCCCUGCUCGCCAGGAAGACGGCCAAGCAGUGCAAAGCUCGCUGGAACGAAUGGCUCGACCCGAGCAUCAAGAAGAUAGAAUGGAGCAGAGAGGAAGAUGAAAAGCUGCUGCAUCUUGCCAAGAUUAUGCCGACGCAAUGGCGCACAAUUGCCCCCAUUGUCGGUCGCACUGCGAACCAGUGCCUCGAACGCUACCAGAAGCUCCUCGACGAAGCCGAAGCGCGAGAGUCGUCGGCUUUUGGUCUGACAGGUGUCGAUGGUGGCGAGGCCUCUGCUCCAAGUGCAGACGAUGUGCGACGAUUACGACCUGGAGAGCUUGAUCCCGAUCCCGAAACGAAACCGGCUCGCCCCGAUACUAUUGAUCUCGAUGAGGACGAAAAGGAGAUGUUGAGCGAGGCUCGAGCCCGUUUAGCAAACACACAAGGCAAAAAGGCAAAGAGAAAGGCUCGUGAGCGACAACAGGAGGAGUCGCGCCGCUUGGCUACACUGCAGAAGCGCCGUGAACUCAAGACGGCCGGCAUCAACGUCAAGGUCGUCACGCGUAAGAAGGGCGAGAUGGACUACAAUGCCGAUAUUCCGUUUGAGAAGAAGGCUGCACCUGGAUUCUAUGAUACAUCGGAGGAACUGGCAGAAAACGAGGCUAUGCGCAAAGCAUUCGAUCCUCAGAAGCAGCAUCUGGCCAACAAGCGCAAAGGCGACGGUGACGAAGAUAACGAGAGAAAGAGAAGAAAGAACGAAAAAGAAGGACCAUCAGACUCCCAAAAGGCAGCCAUGAAGGCCGGACAACUACAAAAGAUUCGAGAGGCUGAGCAGAUGAGCAAGCGCCGUUCGCUCAACCUCCCAGCGCCUCAAGUCGGAGAUGGCGAGCUCGACGACAUUGUCAAGAUGGGCAAGAUGGGAGAGGCUGCCAAUAUGCGAGCGAGAGAGAGCGACAACGAUGCCACCCGCGGAUUUGUCAACAGCUAUUCCACAUUAAAUACCAAUGCUUCUAUCCGCACGCCAAAAGCACCCGAGGAGGAGGAUCACAUUGCCAACGAAAUCCGCGCGAUUCGAGCCCUCAACGAUACACAAUCUGCCCUGUUGGGUGGUGAAAACACACCUCUGCGUGGUGAAACGUCCGAGUCGCUAGGCUUUGGCGGCAUUACACCACGCAAUCAUGUCAUGGCUACGCCAAACCCCAUGGCCACACCUAUGCGAGGUGGUGAAUCUGGGCGACCUGGACAGACACCGUUGCGGACGCCACGAGAUACAUUUGCUCUUAACCAAGACGAUGGCUCGUCGGGGGGUGCGACGCCACGCGAUGUCAAAAUGAGAAAAUUGGCUAUGCGCGAGCAGCUCAGAUCCGGACUUGCCGCUCUCCCUCGACCUCAGGAGAUUGAAUUUGCUCUGCCUGAGCAGCAGGAAGAAGUGGACCCGACGGGUACUGGACUUGAAGAGGAUUCGGCUGAACGAGAUCGCCGCGAGCGCGAGCGUCAAGCUGCUGUUGACGAGCUAGAGCGACGCCGCCGCACGCAAGUAAUGCAGAAGGAGCUUCCGCGUCCCGCAAAGGUCGAUCUCAAUGCCAUGAUUAAGCGAGCAGAGGCGAUUGAAAACGAUGCCGAGCGCCUCAUUGCCCUCGAAGCCGCGGCCCUAAUGGCCAACGACGCUGCCAGAUACCCGCUGCCAGGAUCGCAACCGCAGCGCGGUGGACGCCCACUGGCGCAGAUUGACGACGCUUCGCUGGCCGAUGCGCGACUCCUAAUUCUGUCUGAGGCCGCCAAGCUGCCCAAGCUCGACGACAUCCAAGCCAUGUUCGAGAGCAGGGCCGCUGACACGACUCGUCUCGGCCUCGGGUGCUACGCGCAAACAUCAGAGCCCGAUGAGCUGAAAAUCAUGCGUGCUGCAUUUGAAGUCGCCCAAGAAAGCCUCAUGAGUUCCGCCGAAAAGGGAGCCAAGGUAGAAUCCAAGCUUAAGUUGCACCUUGGCGGUUACCAGAAGCGCCAGACACUGCUGAAGGAUAAGAUUGGCGAUGCCGCAGAUGCCCUUGAAAAGGCUCGCGUCGCCCUGUCUGGCUUCAAGAUGCUGGCCAUCUCUGAAGAGAGCGCCAUUGAGCGUCGCCUUGGCGCGCUCCGUGAAGAGGUAGCAUACGUGAGCAGAAGAGAACGAGAGGCGCAAGAAAACUAUCGCCGCGCAAAGGAGGAGCUCGAGGCGUUAACAGCAGGUGGUGUAAACGGAGUUCAUUAAUGCAUGUAAUUUAGCGCUUUUGGAAUUUUGAAAAGCAGCAGGACAAUAUGUGGGAGGAAGUAGCAUGUAUUGUAUUCCCCGGACAUUAGGGCCUAUGUAUCUAUUAAAAUGACUUGAAUAUGCUAAAGAGUUGGCAUUAUUCCCAAUACAAGAAAAGAGUCUAUAUUCGUUAAAUGUUGCCGCACAAUGAUAAACGCGAUGAAUUUCGUCACUGGAGGGUAGAAAUAUGCCAAACAUGCAACCCUAUACAUGCUUGUGAUGCUAUAUACAGCUCUCUUCCUCUGUAAUAGUGGCGUUCUAGUUCCUCGUUUAUUGUCUUUUUCUUUUCAGAGGAUGGUUUACGCCGUGCCAGCUUCGCUGCUAGACAAGGAAGCCGCAGCCAAUAUGCCAGCGCCGCUAAUGCCACCGUCAUGGCAAGGGCUCAGUACUACCUUUGCAGGCAGGGCGCCAUCAAAUUUGAGAGCCAGGAUGUCGUCCAGGAAUUGUUGACAGUCGACCAAAUAAUCCUGGAAAUGAACAAUACAGCCACCGGUAUAUCCUACACCAAGGUCGGCUGAAGGCGCAGUUGCUUGGUCAGCGGCGGAUACAGGAAGUUCUUCUGCUAGCGUAAGAAGUGCAAUAAUUGCAGCGGCAAUAAUACCGGCUGCGCGGUACUCAAUAGCCUUGGCGAUAUGGUAAAGAGCGGCCGCGUAUUGCUCCGUCCACGUGAAUUGCCCUGUGGUGGGAAUUUCAGCCUGUAGCAAGGCGAGAAGUGUCGUCGUCUCCAAAGGUUUGAAGUGGCUCAGGAAGGUGGUAGUGAGCGCUCCGGGUUGAAGAAUCUUUUCCGGCAGCGUGUCUUUAGCAAUGGACAGCGUAAUUGUUAGGUAGUCGACGAGCAUCAGACGGCCAAGCUCGCCAAGAUAUCGGCCCGCAGUCAUAUACUCCAACGGCUGGAACCCUGGUCGUUCGUUCUGGGCUGAUAGAACAUCAUCCCACUUUGUAAUGAGGCUCAGCUCACGCAUGGGCGAUUCAGUGCCAUUUAUGCUCCAUUCGGUAUUAACGGCAAUUCUGGUAUGGUUUACAUUCUCGCCAUCCAGCAUGCUGACGUUCUUGGGCCACUUGCUGGGGUGCAAUCGGUUAAGCUUCAAGGGUACGGUGGCGUUGGACCCUGUUCCUAGAAUGAGACCCAUGCUGGCACGGCGGCGUUCACUGGCGUCAAAGUUGAAGAUGAAGGAGACAAGGGUCGAGACGGAGUCGUUUGCAAUGGCGGUAACUUGGAUCUCUGGUAACUCCGGUGUUUUGAAUUUCGCAUAGCCCUCUUGAAUGCAGAUUCCCAGGUCAGCUCCUUCAGAAAUAGCAAAACCCUUGCCCAUUGAUGUCACAGAUGCUUGUGAAAGAGAGCUCUGCUGUGCUGGGAAGCUAAAUGUUACACCAAGAGGCAGCUUAACAUCGCUGGGUAUAUUGAGAUCUUUGCGUGCCGACUCCACAACUUGUGCGAUACAUUCUCCGAUCCACUGGAAGAGACUCUCUGCGUUUUGGUUCUUAAGAUGGUUGGAAAUGGGCCAUGACUUUUCAAAUAGACGGCGGAUGCGUUCGCCGGGGUGGGAGUUGCCGUUCAGGUGAGGCUUUGCAUCCCCAUUGUAAUGGCCGUUACGGAGGUCAUUCCCGACUAGCUCGAUGAAGCCUACUCUGAGAUUUGUGCCGCCA